AUGGUCGGCAACGCCGCACUCUUCAUGGUUGUGGGUUCCGAGACUACAGCAACUGUGCUCUCGGGAACCCUAUAUCUGCUUUUGAAGCAUCCCGAAUGCAUGGAAAGGCUGAAGCAAGAGAUCCACAGCAACUUCAGUUCAAAAGAGGAGAUGACGAUCGAGGCCCUACCGAAGUUGACGUACCUUAGCGCAGCCCUAGACGAAGUCAUGAGGAUAUAUCCCGCCGCACCAGAAACUUUGGCGAGAUUGGUCUCCACAGGUGGAACCAAGAUCUGCGGCGAGUAUGUUCAUCCUGGUACUACGGUGAUGAUUCUCCAUUACCCGAUGUUUCACUCUACACGGAAUUUUGUGCGACCAGAUGAGUUCGCCCCGGAGAGAUGGUUACCUGAAGGUGCCCCGAAAUUCGAGAAAGAUGACAAGAAGGCUUUCAACCCAUUUUCUGUCGGACCACGCGCUUGCCUUGGGAGAAACUUGGCACAGUACGAGUUGAAGCUUGCUUUGAGCCAUUUGAUUUGGGACUUCGAAUUUGAGCUUGUCGAAACAUGCAAAGACUGGAUGGCCCAAGAAACAUAUUCUUUUUGGCUGAAGCCACCGCUUAUGGUGAAGGCUCGAGCUGCAAACCGAAAGCUGUAA